GUGAUAAUUAGUCUUCCCACAAUGCAUUACUGCGAUUGGUCGCUUAUAUCAUGUAAGCUGGGUUGCUGAAUGCAGACUCAUCAUUCGCUCGGGCUGACUUAGCAGGUAUAAUCACGAGCCCAUUGGCGAGGCUCACGAAUCAGUAAGACUAUGCAUCAUCAAGUGGCCUAAGAUCUGCAGUAUGAAGAGGCGUCUCCCUAUCCUCCUAGUUGACCGUAGAACAAAGUCACCAACUGACCAUCUUAGGCUUUCUAACAUGUCUUCUGACCGAUGUUUUCGAUCCUAGUACAAGAUGCGCGGGGUGGUCUGGGAAGGCAAGCCCUUCACGAUGACCGUCAAGGACGUACCAAAGUCCAUGAUCAAGCGCCUAGAAGGCGCGAUCUUCCGCAUCAUCACCUCUGCUCUUUCCGGCACAGACCUUGAUGUAUAUCAUGGUGUUCUCGGAAGCUCCAUCACAUUUUUGACAAUGGGACAAGAGGCCAUCGGCGUGGUUGUGGUGGAAGUAGGCAAGGCCGUCGAUUCGCUUUUGGUUGGCAACCGUGUAUCACCCCCGUGGACCCUCGAUGACGGCCAUCUGGAGACAGAUGGGAGUUUGGUGGCGAACGUGAAGGCUGUAGGCCUGGGAGAGGAUCUAGGGUUGAUUCAGGGGUGUCAAGGUAUUGCCGCCAGCUCACUCUUGGCCGGCGUUGCCCGUGAAUUGCGAUCAAGCUGACUAUGCUCCUUUGAACAAUUAAGUACAUACAAAUUCCACUCGCGAAAAAAGGCCCUGGUAAAGAUUCCUAAUAAGCCUUCAGGUAGUUUAGAGUACGUGUUCAUGUCUGAAAUCUGGGUCAUCGCAUGGGGCAAGGUUUUCUUUUUCUUUUUUUUUUUUUUUUU